CGACGUUACUUUUUCUUGCGGCAAUAUUACUUGAUAUAUUAAAUAUUUGAAUUAAGUUCAGAUAAUAUUAUGUCUGAUUCCAAAAAAAGACGAUUGGAAAGCAGCAAAAAUCCUGAAGUAUGGGAAAGAUGGCUCUCCGAACUAUCAAGUAGUCAAGAAAGUGCUAUGGAUGAAGAAAACGAGACGGAGGUUGACGAAGAUACGGAUAUCAAUGUGAAUGCUGCUGAAGAGAGUGACCACGAGACCGAAUCGGAACUAGAAGGAUCAAGCGAUGAUGAAAUUCUUUCAGACGAUUCUGGUGCAUCUCAUCCCCAAAAUUUCUAUUUAGGAAAAGACAAUGCCACUAAGUGGAAGAAAACCAGACCCAAUUUGCAAGUUCGUAUUCGUUCGCACAAUUUAAUCAAACUUUUGCCGGGUACGAAAAGGAAAUUGAGUGCCUAAAUUUAUUUGUGAAUGAUUCGGUUAUAAGAAUAAUAACCGUUUCCACAAAUUUGUAUAUUCGAAAAGUACGGGUUAACUUUCAAGAAGACAGAAUGAAUCAAGAUGCAAGAGAAACCGAUGACACCGAAAUUCGCGCUUUCAUUGGCAUUUUGUUUUUGAUUGGCGCUCUUAGAAGCUCGAAACAAGGAAACGGGGUUGAAUCGUGCUACCUAGCGAUGA